AUGCGGCAAACGGUUAGCAUAACCCCCCGCCAUGACAUGAAAGUUGAGGAUUACGACUCCACCCAUGCCAUGGCGAAUACAUUACCGUCUGUUGGGCGGAGACGAAGUCAGAGGGCUUGUGAGAUGUGUUAUCGGAAGAAGACGAGGUGUGAAGUCGAGGGGUCUGCUUCGAUUUGUGUACAGUGUGUGCGGCGCAGGACGAAUUGUGUAUUUCCCGCCGUGUCGGAGCUAAGUGAGGAGGAUCAGAGAGAUGAAUAUGUGGCUUCUUUGAAAGAUCGUCUCUCAAGGAUCGAAUCCUUGCUGAAGGCAGCCGGCAUCUUGCAUGAAGGUGACAUCAGCCCAGAUGAAUUAUCUGAGGAUGAUUAUGAUCCAACGGAUGAGAAGGGGGAUUUCUCCAAUCCACGGCCUCAAUCUUCGGGUCAAACAUCACACGUUUCAUCGCACAUUUCCUUUACGUCUCGUGCGUCUUCUGGGGAGGUGGACUAUUUCCCCAGUGUAGGUGACGUUGAGGCCGCCCCUAUUUUCAGGUCUCACGAGCGAGACGAUUCUAGAUAUUUUGGACGCUCAUGCUCAUUAUCACUCCUAUCACGGGGUGGAAUUGAAUGGAUCAAAAGCAAGACGGGUGAUGUCAGCUUCUUGAAAAUCUUGACCACCGACUCCAUCCAUGAUAAUCCGUGGACUCAAUGGCGUCCCGAUGUAUUUCACGACUUGUUCGCCUCCCAGGUCUACAAACCCCUGCCGCCCAGGUCAGAAGUCUUCUCCCUGAUCAAAGACUUUUUCAACACGGCCAACCGACUCUUCCCAAUUUAUCAUGAAGAAAGCUUCAUGAAGAUGGUAGAGUGGCAAUAUACACAGCAAACCUGUGAGGAUGCCGCUCGAUGGGCGAGUAUCAACAUGGUCAUUUGUCUGGCAUACGAGUUUCGAUUCUCGAAUAGCUUGAAGCCAGAAAAGGAUCGUGAAAAGGCCCGCUUGUAUUUCAAGAAUGCCAUGUCUGUCUUUACGGAGCUAGCCUUGCGCCGUACGGAUCUCUUGAGUGUGCAGGCUUUGCUGAGCAUGGCCUUCUUCCUGCGAGGUAAUUCCGGUACUCAAUCAGCAUUGCCUUUCAUUACGGCAGCCAUGCGGUCAUGCCAGCGAAUGGGCCUUCACCGAGAUCUCCCAAGGCCAGAGCUGAGCCCUGUCGAGCAAGAACAGAGGCGGCGAGUGUUUUGGGUGGCCUUUACUGUUGAUCAGAGUACAUGCUUGCGUGCUGGAAACGCUCCCUCUCAACACCCCGAGGACUUUGAUGUGCCCCUGCCCGAGGAACUCGAAGAUGACCGCGACUCCUCUUCUUCAACCAAUAUUCCCUUCUUCCGCCAGCUAUGCCGCAUGUCAUUGAUAAAAAGUCGCAUCUUCUGUCAACUCUAUUCCGCCAAAGCACUGCUCAAAUCACCUCACGAGAUCUACCAAUCAGUUCAAGAGCUAGAUGCAGAACUCAGGGCGUGGAGAAAAGACUAUCCUUUCGAUGAAAAUCCUCGGCAGAAAGUUGCUGAACCGAAUUUCCUGAUGGGAUUCGCAGCCAUUGGCCUGCAUUUCGUCUAUUAUAAUGCCUUGAUCAUGAUCCAUCGAAUACCUCUCCUACUCAACUAUUUGAUAAAUGAACGGCCAGAGCCGAGGGAGCUUAAGGCGCUCAGCAAGGCACAUGCUGCCAAGUCAAGUGUCAUCUGUGUGACUGCUGCGCGGGAUACGCUUAGGAUGGUCAACAAUAUGCCAUGGGGAGAUAUUGCAUGGGUCUGGUCCUUGUUAUAUUACAUCUUCCUAGCCGCAGCAACUAUCUUCUCACACAUCAUCCGCGACACCCGCCACUCCCAAAUACAGGAUGACCUCCAAUCCCUCAACAUGGUGGCAACAUUCUUCGCAACUCUAUCCCAUCCAGGCGACGGGCCUGCCCAUUACGCCGGUUUCAUGACCCGCAUGAGUGCCAAUCUCGAACGCAUUGCCAGACUAGCAAUCGAGAAAGAAGAGAAACGGGCCCGUAGUCCAGAUGACCGAGGCCAUGAGAGUCAACAACCUGGAGCAAAGCGACAUGACCAUCGACCCUCAAGAUCACACGCAAAGACCCGCCAUCAACCCUCAACCCUCCGCACAUCUACAACAACCGACUCCACGGGGUCCCACCACCACUCCAAAUCCAGAGCUCCGCCUGCAUCCACUAUCUCACCCUCAACGUAUCCCCACAUGUCCGCGCUAGGUAUCCCUGAAACCAUCGAGGGCUUCCCAUCUGUCAAUUCAGACGGUUACGUCGUCCCUCUAAGCCCGACUUCCUUCCCAUCAACCCUCCCCUCGCAAACCCCUCUCCCAAAUACAAACUACCCGGCCGGUCUGGGCCUACAAAACCUCAACGGAACAACAGCCACAGACUUCUCAACCUGGCCAUUGGCACAAGAAACCGCCGCAGCACAAGCACACACAACCGAAUCCUCCCCGCUAGACAGUACCCAAUCCCCCUUCUCAACCAGCAGCACCACACCAGGCAACACCAUGUUCCCCGCCUCAUGGCAAGUCCCUCUAACCGCAGACUGGCAAUUCGGCGAUAACGUCUGGUCCGGACUCUUUCCCAGCGAGGCCAUCGCUUCCUCCGCGCAGGCAGAGAAUAUUCAACUCCCCAUUCUAUCGGCGGAAUCGUUCUUGAAUGUUCCCGCGGAGGCGGAUCCGUCUACUGCGGAGACUGGGUAUACAGGUCCCGGUUCUGGUAUGAAUAUGGGGUAUAAUAAUUAUAUGCCGCCGAGGUCGGGGCAGGAUGCAGGGAUGGCGCAGGAUACGGCGGAGAUGAUUUGGCCGAAUGGGUUUUUGGGAUUGUUUUAG